AUGGCGUCUGCUACUGAAACCGCGGAAGCAGUCGAUCAAAGGAUAGAAUUUAUUGGAGAUUAUAUUUCCAAAACCAUGAAAUUGCGUUCUGAACGAUGGAACAGAUUAUAUUCCGUUGAAGAAAACAAGCAGAUGAUUUUAGAUUUUUUUGAGAAAAGCGAUCGAACCAGUUUAAUAUUUUCCAUAAACAUUUCUGGUGUUUUGACUGUGUCAUUUUCUUGGCCAACUACGUCAAAAACGAAGUGCGUUUAUUUUUUUAAAAAGUCCAAUGAGAUUAUAGGAAAAGAACCUGGAUGGAGGCAAAAAAUCAUCUUUGGAGAUAUUGGUCAAUCGCCUAUUCAACAGUUUUCUCUUUUUCUAGAAGAGGUUAUGCUGCCAAUAUUGUCAAACAAAAAAAAUUGUGAAACCUGGCCUCGUGUAAUUUAUGAAGAUAUCAUGCAAAAUGUUCAGGAGCUAAGUAGUGCUGCCUAUGUUCUAUCAGGGUUAGUCAAAGGACGCACAUUAUUGCCCUUGCCAUACAACAUGCCAUCCUCAAUCAAUGCAUUGCAGUACACCAGCGCAAGGAAGUUGACAGCACAAAGUCAGCAGUUGGUUCAUGACAUGGAAACUUUGGUCAUAGAAUGGAGCAAUCAGAUAUAUGAAGUGUUGCAAAAGGAAUCCGAUGAACCACUGAUUGAAAAUCUUAAUCCAACACCUUACGUUGAAAUUGAAUUUUGGGAAUCUAGAUAUUUAAAUUUAGAUUGCAUUAAUGAUCAAUUGAAAUGUCAAAAGAUUGAAAUAAUGUCUGAAAUCUUGGAAAGAUCAUAUUCAGUUUACAAUCCACUUUUUGUAAAGUUAAAGAAAGAUGUUUCUGAAGCAUGUGAAGAAGCAAGAGAUAUCUGCUUGUUUUUGAAGCCAUUGAGACUGUCCCUUGAUGAUUUGGAACAAGUUGAUUUUUAUGAUUUAUCUGGCAAAUUGUCAAUUCUUAUGCAUACUGUGUUUACCAUAUGGUGUCAUUCCAAAUUUUACAACACUCCCGAAAAAGCCAUCACUUUGUUUCAAGAAAUCUGCAACAUGCUUAUCACAAAGUGUCGAGUUUAUUUGGAUCCACAUGAAUUGUUUAAAGGGGAAGCGGAAGAAACUGCAGAAAAAGUUGACCUGACGAUCAAAAAUAUGAAAUCCUUCAAAACUAUUUACUCAAUUUAUAAAGGGAAAGUGAGAGAGAAGGCACAAAACACACCUGGCAUGAAGGAUUGGGAAUUUCCAUUACACUUAAUUUUUCACAGAUAUGAUCUUUUUUACAAACGGGUUUCAGAUAUCAUGGAAGUUUUUUCUUUGCAAUUGGAGUUCAUGAAGUUAGAAAAAAUAGAAUUUAGUGGUCACAAAGGAGGCUCAUUGGGCAAUGCCCGAAAAAGAAUUUACGAAGAGUUCAAAGAAAGUUUCAAAGAAUUUGUUGAUUUACAAUGUGAUAUAUUAGACCCAUCAGAUCAGGGUUUUGAAAAACAACAUAGAACGUUAAAGAGGGUGGUAGAAGAUCUCGAUGUUAGACUGGCCACACUUAUUUGCUUAGGUCUUGAUGAUGCUAAUGGCUUGGAGGGAGUAUUUAAGUUGUUGGAUUCUUUGGGAACAUUGUUAGAUAGGCCAACAAUAAAAAAUGAUGUAGAUGAAAAAUUACCUGACAUCAUCAAACAAAUGGAUGAUUUCUUAUCAGAAACCAAACAGCUCUAUGACGAUCAGAUCAAUGAUAUCAAAUCUUCCGGUAAAGUCGACCUACACGUCAGCAUGCCUAAAAUGUCAAGCCAUUUGGAAUGGGCCAAAGGUCUAAAGGAAAGAAUCGCCAUUCAUAUGACAUACUUCAAGAGGAUUGAAUUUUCAAAAGAUGUUUCCGAUGUAAAUGCACAUUAUGAAGAAAUGAUUGGACUUUUAAACAAGUUUAUAAAUGACGUGAAAGCAGAAUGGUUGUCCACCGUUGGCAACACUUGUCAUGAUAAUCUUAAAAAGUUUCUAAGUGCCUCACAUCUUUAUGGAAGAAAUGAAGAGCUGUGGAGGUUUAAAACGUGUUUGGACCUGAUAACUCAGUGGUACAACGAAGUAAAAGAAGCUUUGCUUGAAGUUGAAUACCCUCUGAUUGAAGAACAACUUGUUGUUGCUGACAAACAAUUGGAAUUAGCGGAAAAGCAUUAUACUUGGGAGACUGCAGGAGCCUGGGAAUUUAUAACAGAAACUAAAAAAUGUGUGUCAGAAUUGAACAAAAAGUUAUUUCAAACAAAGGCAAAUGUUGAUCAAAUGAAGAAAAUAAUGACGACAUGGAGCAAGACUCCCUUGUUUGACAGAAGCGAAGGUAAGACAUCUACCUUGCUGAACAUCAGUGAUAAGGAGGAUAAAUUAAAGAAGAGAUAUUCUGAAUUGUCACAAGCUGGCAUUAAAAUUCAUCAACUUGUUCGGGACAAUUUGCAGUUGUUUGGAUGCAGUGAACAAUCAGAUGAAUGGAAAGCUUACGUUGAUUUCUUAGAUGAGAUGAUCGUUGAGUCCUUCUUUCUCAUCAUUCAGUGCAGUCUUCAUUUUCUUCAGAACAACACAGUACCUCUGGAUGGUCCUGCUCCUCUCUUCGAAACAACCAUGGAACUUCAGGCUCCAGAUAUUAUAUUUAUUCCAUCUAUGGAUGAAGGUGUUGCUGAUGGAUUCUUUGAAAUUGUGGAUAAUUUGAUCUGCGACAUUUACAAGCAAGCAUCCGUUAUAUCAAGACUAUCCACUGAGUGUGGCAUCGCUAAUUACCAGCCUGAUGCUGAGUCGUCUGAAGAUUUGAAUAAAAUGCGAUGUGAUUUGAUGGAGCACGUGAACAACAUGAUGUUGAGAGCAGCAGAUUUCAAACAAUCUUUCGAUUCCUAUGUCUAUCUGUGGACUGAUGAUAGAGCCGAAUUUCUCAAACAGUUCCUCCUGUACAAUCACGUGUUAACAGCUGAAGAAAUUGAAGCACAUGGUGGGGAUGGCAUUCCAGAAAAUCCUCCGACUCUACAACAGUUCAAAGAUCAAAUCGAUCACUACGAGCACCUGUACAAGGAAGUUGAAUCAAUUGACGGAGUGGUCGUCUUCGAGAACUGGUUCCGAAUUGACGCUCGGCCCUUUAAACAAUCGCUACUCAACACUAUCAAGAAGUGGGCGCUCAUGUUUAAGCAGCAUCUUGUCAGUCACGUGACCACCAGUUUGAAGGAGCUGAAUGAUUUCAUAAAAGUGGUUGGAAAAGGGUUGUCGCAGCAAGUUAAGGAAGGAGAUUACGAUGAACUCAUACAAGUGAUGGGUCAUUUAUUGUCAGUGAAAGAGAGGCAGGGAUCAACCGACGCCAUGUUUGAGCCUCUGAAGGAAUCAAUCGAAUUGUUGAAAGCCUACAGCCAGGAUGUCACUGAUGAGGUGCACCUGCAACUACAGGAACUACCAGAGCAAUGGGGCAACAUAAAAAAGCUUGCACUGACAGUCAAGCAGCAGGUGGCUCCACUGCAAGCCAAUGAAGUUGCCAAUCUGAGGAAGAAGACGGCAUCAUUUGAUGUUCAGCAACAAGAAUUCCGCGAGAACUUUAGAAAGAUGCCAGCCUACAACUAUUCAUGCCACAACCCCUAUGAUGUCCUCAAUGAAUAUCAAUUGAAACUGACCACGAUUGAGAAGACGAUGACAUCAUUGGUGACGUCAGCAAGUCUAUUUGAAGUGGCCAUACCUGAUUUCAAGCACAUAAAGUUGUGCAGACGAGACAUCGUCCUGUUAAAAGUGCUCUGGGAUUAUGUCUUCUGUAUUAGAUCAACAUUUGAUGACUGGAAAACAACUCUGUGGAAGAGAAUAAACGUGGAACACAUGGAGCUGGAAUCGAAGAAGUUAACAAAGGUGAUUAGAACUCUGGAUAAGGAAAUGAAACCUUGGGACGUUUUCAUUGGUUUGGACAACACCAUCAAAAAUAUGACAACCUCACUGACUGCUGUCAACCAGCUUCAAAAUUCUGCCAUCAGAGAGAGACAUUGGAUGCAGCUGAUGCGAGCGACAGGGGUGCGAUUUACAUUUGACGACAAAACCACACUUUCUGAUUUGCUUUCUCUUAAACUGCACAACUUUGAAGAUGAAGUAAAGAACAUAGUCGAUAAAUCAGUGAAAGAGCUAAGCAUGGAGAAGAUGCUUAACUCCAUUCAUGAAUCUUGGACAGACAUGCAAUUUGAACAUGAGAAACAUCCUCGCACCGGCAUCACCUUGUUGAAAGCCAGCGAGACACUCAUUGAAACUUUGGAGGAGAAUCAGGUGCAACUGCAGAACAUGUUAACUUCAAAACACAUCGCUCACUUUUUGGAGGAAGUUUCAACGUGGCAGAAAAAACUUUCCACAGCUGAUCAGGUGAUAAGUAUUUGGUUUGAAGUGCAGCGUACCUGGUCUCACCUAGAGAGCAUCUUCAUUGGAUCUGAUGACAUCAGAACCCAACUCCCUCAAGAUUCUGAACGAUUCGAUAAAAUUGAUGUCGAUUUUAAGGAAUUAGUUAAAGAAGUGGAAACAACAACCCAGGUGCUCGAAACCACUAGUCGACCACGCCUCUAUGAACGUCUGGAGACCAUCAAAGACCAACUCACCCUUUGUGAGAAGGCCCUUGCUGAAUAUUUGGAAACUAAAAGAUUGGCUUUUCCUAGAUUUUAUUUUGUGUCAGCUGUCGAUUUGUUGGACAUUUUGUCUAAUGGAAAUCAGCCAUCUCUAGUAACUCGUCAUCUGACGAAAUUGUUUGAUAGCAUGGCACAGUUGAAAUUUGAUGACGGCAAGUUAAGUGCAGAUGAUGGUGUUGCAAGAACGGCAAUCGCUAUGUGGAGCAAAGAUGACGAAUUUGUCCACCUCUCCUCUCCUUGUGACUGCAGUGGGCAGGUAGAAGUGUGGUUGAACAGACUGCUGUCUUGUAUGAGACAAACAAUAAGGUACGAGUUGACUGAAGCACUGGCUGCCUCUGAAGAAAAGAUGAGGGAACAGUGGCUCUUUGAAUUUCCAGCACAAGUUGCUUUAUGUUGCGUGCAGAUAAGUCAGCUGAACGUCUUGAUCACGAUGCUGACUGGAACACUGACGCCAGGCGACAGGCAGAAGAUAAUGACAGUCUGCACAAUUGAGGUGCAUAACCGAGAUGUUGUCAACAAAUUAAUUGCUCAAAAGGUAGAGAACUCGCAGGCCUUCACGUGGCUUUCCCAGCUGAGGCACAGGUGGGAUGAUAAGGAGGAAGAUUGCUUCGCUAACAUAUGUGAUGCUCAGUUCAAAUAUUCGCACGAAUACCUCGGGAACUCUACGAGACUCGUCAUCACACCAUUGACUGACAGAUGCUACAUAACUCUCACUCAGUCUCUGCACCUAACAAUGAGCGGCGCACCAGCUGGUCCUGCUGGGACUGGUAAGACAGAAACCACCAAGGACCUGGGGAGAACCCUUGGAGUUAUGGUCUACGUUUUCAACUGCUCAGAACAAAUGGAUUAUAAAUCCAUAGGUAACAUUUACAAAGGCCUGGCGCAAUCAGGAGCCUGGGGAUGUUUUGAUGAGUUUAACAGAAUAUCCGUUGAAGUGCUGUCCGUAGUGGCCGUUCAAGUGAAAUGCAUUCAAGAUGCCAUCAAGUCAAAAAAGAAAGUUUUCAGUUUUCUCGGUGAAGAGAUCAGCUUGAUGUCAUGCGUCGGUAUAUUCAUAACUAUGAAUCCAGGAUAUGCCGGCAGAACUGAACUACCUGAGAACCUUAAGGCACUAUUUAGGCCCUGUGCAAUGGUUGUGCCAGAUUUCGAAUUGAUUUGUGAAAUUAUGUUGGUUGCAGAAGGCUUUCUGGAUGCUAGACUUUUGGCCAGAAAAUUUAUUACACUGUAUUCUCUUUGUAAAGAACUACUCUCCAAACAGGAUCAUUAUGAUUGGGGACUGAGAGCUAUCAAAAGUGUACUCGUGGUUGCAGGUUCGUUGAAGAGAGGGGACAAGGAAAGACCAGAAGACCAGGUGCUGAUGCGAGCGCUGCGUGACUUCAACAUUCCGAAGAUCGUUACGGACGACAUGCCUGUCUUCAUGGGACUCAUCGGAGAUUUGUUUCCUGCUUUGGAUGUUCCUCGCAAGAGGGAUGAUGUCCUCGAGAAGCAGAUCAAAACCGCCAUUUCUAAUCUCAAGUUGCAGCCUGAAGAUGGAUUUAUUUUGAAGGUUGUUCAAUUGCAAGAAUUAUUUGAAGUUCGUCAUUCAGUCUUCAUUGUUGGAAAUGCUGGAACUGGAAAAAGUUGUGUAUGGAAGACGUUGUAUAAGGCUAAUCAGAAUAUGAAGAAAAAACCAAUUGCCGUAGAUUUGAACCCUAAAGCAGUUACUAACAACGAGUUGUUUGGCAUUAUAAAUCCUGCAACCAGAGAAUGGAAAGAUGGCCUCUUUUCGUAUGUGAUGAGAGAUCUGGCAAACAACUCUCACGAUGGUCCCAAGUGGAUCAUACUGGAUGGAGACAUCGAUCCAAUGUGGAUUGAAUCCCUCAACACUGUCAUGGAUGAUAACAAAGUAUUGACACUGGCCAGCAACGAGCGCAUCCCACUAACUCAUUCCAUGAGACUGCUCUUCGAAAUAAGUCAUCUCAAGUCAGCCACACCGGCCACUGUGUCGAGAGCUGGCAUCCUCUACAUCAAUGCGGGCGAUCUCGGAUGGAAUCCGUUCAUAAGCAGUUGGAUCGAAACACGCCAGGCCCAGUCUGAAAAAGCCAAUUUGACGAUUCUUUUUGACAAGUAUGUUCCUUCGUGUCUGGAAGCUAUGCGGCUGAGGUUCAAAAAGAUUAUUCCCAUCACUGACAUCAGCCACUUGCAAAUGUUGUGCUACCUGCUUGAGUGCAUGCUCACACCUGAGAACACGCCUGCCGACUGUCCUAAGGAAUGGUACGAAUUAUACUUUGUGUUUUCUUGCAUAUGGGCUUUCGGGGGCUGCUUAUUUCAAGAUCAGCUGGUUGACCAUCGAGUUGAGUUCACGAAAUGGUGGGUCGGAGAGUUCAAAACCAUCAAGUUCCCGGCACAAGGAACAGUUUUUGAUUACUACAUUGAUCAGGAAACUAAAAAAUUUGAAUUAUGGUCAAAAAAAGUGCCUAAGUUUGAAUUGGAUUCAGAAAUUCCUUUACAGGCUACCAUGGUGCAUACAUCUGAAACAACCCGAAUUCGUUAUUUUCUUGACCUUCUGCUUGAUAAGCGACGGCCAGUCAUGCUUGUUGGACAUGCUGGCACCGGCAAAACUGUACUCAUCAAUGACAAAAUUGUCAGUUUGAGUGAGGAUUUUGUCGUUGCGAACGUUCCUUUCAACUUUUACACAACAUCUGAAAUGCUGCAACAGAUUCUUGAAAAACCUUUAGAAAAGAAGGCAGGUAAGAAUUAUGGUCCUCCUGGAAACAAAAAACUCAUUUAUUUUAUUGACGACAUGAAUAUGCCAGAGAGAGAUAGGUUUUCAACAGUGCAGCCGCACACCUUGAUCCGACAACACUUGGACUACAAUCACUGGUACGAUCGUACUAAACUAACUCUUAAAGAGAUUUCCAACACUCAAUAUGUGGCUUGCAUGAAUCAAGCUGCUGGCAACUUCACCAUCGACACACGUCUUCAAAGACAUUUUUCAGUUUUUGCUCUCAGUUUCCCCAGCCAGGAAGCAUUGACGUCAAUCUACACAAACAUCAUUCAACAACAUUUGCUCGAGGUCGGAUUCCCCGCAAGCGUGCAGAAACAAUGCAACAAUGUUGUUCAAGCAUCUCUUUUGCUGCACCAGAGAAUCACGCAAACAUUCCAACUGACAGCCAUAAAAUUUCACUAUAUUUUCAACUUGAGAGAUUUGUCUAACGUCUUCCAGGGAAUACUCUUUGCUGGAUUGGAAUGCUGUAAAGUCGCGAGUGAUCUCGCGAGACUCUGGGUGCAUGAAUCACAAAGAACAUACAGGGAUAAACUUGUCAGCCAUUCUGAUCUUGAACUUUUUGACAAAAUUAUUGCUGAAGUUGUAAAAAAAAUUUUUGAAGAUUUAGAUGAAAAUGCAAUAUUCAAAGAACCACUUCAGUUCUGUCACUUCGCCAGCGGUAUCGGUGAGCCAAAAUAUCUUCCAGUUGUAAGCUCCGCGGAUAUCAGCAAAAUACUUAUCGAUGCUCUUGAGAAUUAUAAUGAAAUCAAUUCAGCAAUGAACUUGGUCCUUUUUGACGAUGCGAUAUCCCAUGUCUUGAGGAUCAAUCGAAUUACUGAGGCCCCACGCGGGAAUGCUCUCCUGGUGGGAGUGGGUGGGAGUGGCAAGCAAAGUCUCUCCAAACUGGCUGCACACAUCAGCGGUUAUGAAGUCUUUCAAAUAACAUUGAAAAAAGGUUACGGUAUUCCAGAUUUGAAACAAGAUCUGAAUGGCUUGUACCAGAAGGCAGGCUUGAAAGGGCUAGGUAUGGUGCUACUCAUGACAGAUGCUCACAUCAUUGAUGAACGCUUUCUCGUUCUCAUCAAUGAUUUGUUGGCUUCCGGGGAAAUACCUGAUUUAUUUACUGAAGAUGAUUUGGAUAUUAUCGUUACUGGCGUGCGGAAUGAUGUCAAGGAAAUGGGUUUGUUUGAUUCCAGAGAGAAUUGCUGGAAAUUCUUUAUUGACAGAGUUCGUAGGCAGUUGAAGGUCAUCCUGUGCUUCUCUCCGGUGGGCAACACCUUGCGAGUGAGGAGCAGAAAUUUUCCCGCGUUAACCAACUGCACAAGUAUCGAUUGGUUUCAUGAAUGGCCUGAAGAGGCACUCAUAUCUGUCAGUCACAGAUUUCUCAGUGAAAUAGAACUGCUUGAUUCUGGCAUGCGCCAGUCGAUAUCACAAUUUGUUGCAUACGUACAUCGAUCUGUCAAUCAAGUAAGUGAAAUUUAUCUGCAAAAUGAACGACGCUACAACUACACCACACCAAAGAGCUUCCUUGAGCUGAUACAAUUGUACCAAAAUCUUCUUGCAAAGAAACACGAAAACCUUCAGGCAAGUGUUUUGAGGUUAGAAACCGGUCUGGAAAAACUGAAAGGCAGUUCUAGUCAAGUGGAAAGUUUGAAAUUGAAAUUAGCUCAACAAAAACAAGAACUGGCCAUCAAAGAUGAACAAGCCAAUAAACUGAUCAAUGUUGUGGAAGCUGACACAAUAAAAGUUUCGAAAGAGAAAAGUUUGGCCAGCGAAGAAGAAAAAAAAGUUCAAGUAAUCAAUGAAGAAGUUCAAAGAAGAUUCAAGGAAUGCCAAGAAGAUCUUGCUAAAGCAGAACCUGCAUUGAUUGAAGCGAAGGAAGCUCUUGCUACACUCAACAAGAGUAAUUUAUCAGAAUUGAAAGGAUUUGCAAAACCUGUUACCGCUGUGGUCAACGUGACGGCAGCUGUUAUGGUGUUACUUGCUAAUAAAACCAAAAAAAUUCCGAAGGACAGAACUUGGAAUGCAGCUAAAGUGAUGAUGGGAAAAGUCGAUGAUUUUUUGAAUGCUUUACUGAACUAUGAGAAAGAAAACAUUCCAGAUGUUUGCCGACAGGCAGUUCAACCUUAUUUACAAAAUCCUGAAUUCAAUGCUGAAUCAAUCAAACAAAAAUCGGUUGCUGCGGCCGGCCUAUGCAAAUGGGUGAUAAAUAUCAUGAAAUACUACGCUGUAUAUUGUGACGUAGAACCAAAGAGGCAGGCGCUGAAUCAGGCCACCCAAACUAGGCAGGCUGCUGAAGAACGUUUGCAGCACAUUCAGAGUAAGAUUGCCAGUCUCGAAGAAGCACUAAGCAAGUUGAAGGCCGAGUACGACCAGGCCACUGAAGCUCAAAUCAAAUGUAAACAGGAAGCCGAUGCAACCAACAAGACGAUCAUACUGGCCAACAGAUUGGUCAGCGGUCUGACUUCUGAAAACGACCGCUGGACAGAACAGGUGAAACACUUUCGUCGGCAAGAAACAACGUUAGCUGGUGAUAUGUUGCUGGUGGCAGCAUUCAUUUCUUACAUUGGAUGUUUUACAAAGCAAUACAGACUCAUGCUCAUUGAAAAGCAUUGGAUUCCUUUCUUAACUGAUAAGCUGGAAGUGUCAAUCCCAUUUUCAGAGGGAUUUGACCCUCUAUCCCUGCUGACGGAUGAUGCUCAGGUGGCGUCGUGGAACAAUUGCGGACUUCCGAGUGAUCGUAUGUCCACUGAAAAUGCAGCCAUUCUAAUUAAUUCUGAAAGAUGGCCAUUAAUAAUUGAUCCUCAACUGCAAGGACUGAAAUGGAUCAAAAGUCAAUAUAGUUCCUCUUUGGUUGCCGUCAGGUUAGGACAGAAAGGGUUUUUAGAUCGCAUCGAACAGGCUAUAUCUAAUGGUGAUACUGUACUCAUUGAAAACAUUGAAGAAACUUUAGAUCCUGUCUUGGAGCCAGUGAUUGCCCGCAACUUGAUUAAAAAAGGCACAGCAAUUCGAUUUGGCGACAAAGAAGUUGAAUACGACAAAGGAUUCAGAUUGAUUUUGCACACAAAACUUGCUAAUCCUCACUAUAAACCUGAACUGCAAGCACAAACAACUCUAAUAAAUUUCACAGUCACAAGGGAUGGUUUGGAAGACCAGUUGUUAGCCGAUGUCGUUAGUAAAGAAAGAUACGACCUUGAAAAAUCAAAAGCUAGCUUGACCAAGUCACAAAACACAUUCAAGAUAUCGCUGAAGAAUUUAGAAGAUGAGUUAUUAGCCCGUCUGUCAACAGCUGAAGCCAAUUUUUUGGGUGAUUAUGCCCUGGUAGAAAACCUUGAGAAGACGAAGAGCAUGUCCUCAGACAUCGAGCUGAAAGUAGCAGAGGCAAAAGUCACAGAAAGUCGAAUAAACGAAGCGAGAGAGGCGUACAGGAAGGCAGCCACCCGAGCAUCCCUGCUGUAUUUUAUAUUGAAUGAUCUCAAUAAGAUACAUCCGAUGUAUCAGUUCUCACUCAAAGCUUUCAGCAUUGUAUUUGAGAAAGCCAUUGACAGAGCGGAACCAGCUGAAGAGACUCCACAAAGAGUUCAAAACCUUAUUGAUUGCAUAACCUACUCUGUCUUCAUUUACACAUCAAGAGGUCUCUUUGAACGAGACAAGUUAACGUUCAUGGCUCAAACUGCUUUCCAGAUAUUGAAUAUGAAUCAAGACAUUGAUCCUCAAGAAUUAGAUUUCCUACUGAGGUUGCCAGCCUUACCUAAUGUUGUUUCUCCGGUUGAUUUCCUUAACAACCAGUGCUGGGGAGCUGUUAAGGCACUGGCUUUAUUAGACGAAUUCAACAAUUUGGACAGAGAUAUCGAAGGAUCGACCAAAAGGUGGAAAAAAUUUGUGGAGAGUGAAUAUCCAGAAAAAGAGAAGUUUCCACAGGAAUGGAAAAACAAAUCUUCGUUACAAAGAAUGUGCAUGUUGAGGUGUUUAAGGCCAGACCGAAUGACGUACGCUGUCAAGCUUUUUGUUGAAGAGAAAUUGGGUUCAAAGUUUGUAGAAACUCGCAGUUUAGAUUUUUCGAAAUCUUUUGAAGAGUCAGGAUCAGGAACACCAGUCAUGUUCAUUCUUUCUCCCGGAGUUGAUCCUCUAAAAGAUGUUGAAACGCUAGGAGUUAAGUUGGGAUUUUCAGUGGAUAAAUCAAAUUUUCAUAACAUUUCACUUGGCCAAGGACAAGAAGUAGUUGCUGAAGAUGCGAUGGAGAAGGCUUCGAAAUCUGGACAUUGGGUCGUGCUACAGAACAUCCAUCUAGUUUCAAGAUGGCUACCAGCAUUAGAGAAAUUGUUAGAGCAAUAUAGUUUGGAAAGCCAUGCUGAUUUCAGAGUUUUCAUAAGUGCUGAACCAGCUCCGACCAAAGAAUCGCACAUAAUUCCUCAGGGAAUUCUUGAAGCAGCCAUAAAAAUUACCAACGAGCCACCUACCGGCAUGUUUGCUAAUCUUCACAAAGCACUUGAUAAUUUUUCCCAAGACACGUUGGAGAUGUGUGCCAGAGAAGCGGAAUUUAAGAGCAUCUUAUUUUCUCUCUGUUAUUUUCACGCUGUAGUCAGUGAACGUAGAAAGUUUGGCCCACAAGGUUGGAAUCGCAUUUACCCAUUCAACACUGGAGAUCUUACUAUAAGCAUCAACGUGCUUUUCAAUUAUCUCGAAGCCAAUGCUAAAGUACCGUGGGAAGAUUUGAGGUAUUUGUUUGGCGAAAUAAUGUACGGAGGCCAUAUAACAGAUGAUUGGGAUAGAAGACUUUGCAAGACAUAUCUGGAAGAGUACAUGAAUCCCUCAUUGCUUGAUGGAGAAAUGAAUUUUGCACCUGGAUUUCCGGUACCGCCAAAUACUGAUUACCGCGGUUACCAUUCAUUUAUAACGGAGUGUCUUCCUUCGGAAAGUCCUCAUCUUUAUGGAUUGCAUCCUAAUUCCGAAAUUGAAUUUCUUACCAUGACCUCUGAAAAUCUUUUUAGAACUGUAUUGGAAAUGCAACCUCGAGAUUCUGGAAUGGCUAAUCCUUUAGGAUUAACCAGGGAAGAUAAAAUUAAAAACGUGUUGGAUGAGAUAUUAGAAAAAAUUCCUGAGGAGUUUGUUAUGUAUGAUUUGAUUGCCAAAUUGCCACCGGAAGAUCGAACGCCCUACGUAACAGUGGCCUUCCAGGAAUGCGAACGAAUGAAUUUGUUGACUCUAGAAAUUAAAAGAUCCUUAAAAGAACUUGAUCUUGGUCUCAAAGGCGAGUUGACAAUAACAGCAGACAUGGAAUUAUUGGGCAAUGCAUUGUUCCUUGACAUGGUUCCGGAUAGUUGGAUUCAUCUCGCUUACCCGUCUCUUUAUGGAUUGGCUCAAUGGCAUGCUGAUCUUGUUAGUCGAAUCAAAGAACUUGAAAGUUGGGUAUCUGACUUUCAGCUUCCUUCAUCAGUUUGGUUGGGUGGUUUUUUUAAUCCUCAGUCAUUUCUCACUGCCAUUAUGCAGCAGAUGGCUCGAAAAAAUGAAUGGCCUCUCGACAAAAUGUGUUUACAAUGUGAUGUGACUAAAAAAAAUAAGGAAGACAUGGGCGCACCACCACGCGAGGGUUCGUAUGUUCACGGAUUGUACAUGGAAGGAGCACGCUGGGAUGUUCAGACGGGUUUAAUAGCGGAGGCUCGUCUCAAAGAACUGGCGCCUAUGAUGCCUGUCAUUUUUAUCAAAGCUAUACCAGUUGAUAGGCAAGAUCUGAGAAAUAUCUACGAGUGCCCCACUUAUAAGACCAAACAAAGAGGUAAUACUUUCGUCUGGACAUUCAACUUAAAAUCAAAAGAAAAACCAGCAAAGUGGAUAUUAGCGGGAGUUGCACUAACAUUGCAGGUUAUAUUUUCUUUCUUUUGGUUUAUAUUUAGGAAAUUCGAAUACAAACGAAAAGAAAAAUAA